AUGCUGGCACCUAAGAAAAUGGUCAGAGGAAAUUCUACCUUGGUGACUGAAUUUAUUCUUUUAGGAUUAACGGAUCGUCCAGAGCUUCAGCCCAUCCUCUUUGUGCUGUUCCUGGUGAUCUACCUGAUCACUGUUGGAGGGAACCUGGGCAUGUUGGUAUUGAUCAGGAUAGAUGCAAGACUCCAUACCCCCAUGUACUUCUUUCUUGCCAGUUUGUCCUGCUUGGAUUUGUGCUAUUCCACGAACGUGACUCCUAAGAUGUUGAUGAACUUCUUAUCUGAAAAGAAAACCAUUUCUUAUGCUGCGUGUUUAGUCCAGUGUUAUUUUUUCAUUGCCAUGGUGAUAACUGAAUAUUACAUGCUAGCUGUAAUGGCUUAUGAUAGGUACAUGGCCAUCUGUAGCCCUUUGCUUUACAGCAGCAAGAUGUCCAAAGGCGUCUGUAUCCGCCUGAUUGCUGGUCCAUAUGUCUAUGGGUUCCUCAGCGGCCUGAUGGAAACCAUGUGGACAUAUCGCUUGACUUUCUGUGGCUCCAACAUCAUCAAUCACUUCUAUUGUGCGGAUCCACCCCUUAUCCGACUCUCUUGCUCUGACACUUUCAUUAAGGAGACAUCCAUGUUCGUGGUAGCAGGAUUUAACCUCUCCAACUCCCUCCUUAUUAUCCUCAUCUCCUACAUCUUCAUUCUCAUUGCCAUCCUGAGAAUACGUUCUGCUGAAGGCAGGCAGAAAGCUUUUUCCACCUGUGGGUCCCACCUGGUGGCAGUGACUGUGUUUUAUGGGACCCUCUUCUGCAUGUACGUUAGACCUCCCACGGACAAGUCAGUGGAGGAGUCCAAAAUCAUUGCUGUGUUCUACACUUUUGUAAGCCCUAUGUUGAACCCCAUCAUUUACAGUCUGAGGAACAAGGAUGUGAAACAAGCUUUGUGGAAAUUGGUUAGAAGAAAUGUACUUUUGAAGUAA